AUGAAGCAACUCGAAAAAGAUAUGGCGAACAUGAUGGGCCAGCAUUCCGGAUCCGCCGCGGACAGCGCCCACCUCGCGGACAUUGAGCAAGGCGCCGACGCCUUCACCAAGCAACUCGAAGAAAGCGGCAUCCCGCCGGGCGACUUCAUCAAGCAGCUGUUGGCCGACGUCAUGGCCGAAGAGGGCGUGUCAGGCGCUAAUCUGGGAGCUGGCGCGGCGGCGGCCACGGGCGCUGCUACCGCUGCGGGUGCGGGUGCCGCGGCUGCUGCGUCGACUUCUGCUGCGGGGGGCGAUAAGAAGGGAGGAGCGCCGGCGCCGGAAUCAUUCAACGAUGCGAUUUAUCGGACAAUUAACCGUAUGAAAGAGUCGGGCGAUAAGGCGACGGCGGCGGCGUCGGAGGACGACAUCUCGGAUGAUCUGCUGGCGCAGCUACUGAAGGCCGUGGAGGCGGGUGCGGGCGCCGGUGAGGGAGACGGAGAGGACGGGGAUCUGGCGAAGAUGUUUAUGGGGAUGAUGGAGCAGCUCUCGAACAAGGAGAUGCUGUACGAGCCUAUGAAGGAGCUGCAUACGAAAUUCGGACCGUGGAUCGCGGAGAAUAAGGGCAAGGGCAAGGUGUCUGAUGAGGACAUGAGUCGGUACGAGAUGCAGGCCGGCAUUGUCAGCGAGAUCGUGACCAAGUUCGAGGAACCGGGGUACACGGACGAGGACUCGAAGUGUCGCGAGUACGUGUGGGAGAAGAUGCAAGCAGUGAGUUUUUCUCUCAGCCCGAAAUCGAUAACGUCAACUGACUUGGACUUUUCAGAUGCAAUCGGCCGGCAACCCUCCCGAGGAACUGGUUGCCAAUCCCUGGGACGACUCGAAAGGAGGUGUUCCGGACUGCCCGCAGCAGUAAUUUCACAAGACAUACGGAGUAGUGGACACUGUCAUCUUGCAUGA